UUACCAUGGACCACCCUUCAAUAUCAGUACAAGACAGGCUAUUUCUGCCUUACCAAGGACAAACCAGGAUACCUUACUAUUUACUUCUCGUUUGAAGCAAGACAAGAACUAAAACUAACUGGUACGAAGUAUUUAAACGAACAACUUUCCCCCUCUUUCACCUGUUAUUGA